CAAGUGCCCAUUGAUCCCGGAACAACUUUCCUUCCUCUACUAUCUAUUAUAUAUAUAUAUAUAUAUAUAUACUCCUCCAAUGAUCUCUCACCAUUCUUCUUUCCUAAGGAUUCCCAAUACCUUCAGGAAUUUGAACAGGAACCAAACUUGCGGAAAUGAGCAAGAACAAAGAUGUAGUUGAGUGCCUUUCCGCGAAAACUUCUGGUAGCCCUCAGUUUGCCGAAUCCCCGGUUGAGAAGAAAAAGGUUGAAUUUAAAGAACCUAAUAAUGAUCAGGAGAACCCAGACUCUCCGACGAAAUCAUCAUCAAGACCAGUUAAUGGUAUAACUGUACGGUUAAAUUACACAAUUCCUCAACCUUUUGAUUUAGCAACUGAAAGACGCGCGGUUGGCGCUUGCAAUGGACACAAAGCUCCAAAUGUUAAUAAUUUGGAAUCAUCAAACUCUCCGAAGAAGUCUCAACCAAACUCACCCGACAAAUCGAGGAAGUCAUUACAACCUGAUCACGCAAAGCACUCGGAAGAUGAUACUUGUUCGAUAGCUUCUGAAAGAAUCACUAAACCCAGGACAACAGUACCAACAGCCCCUGUAUUUAGAUCCAGUGAACGCGCCGAGAAAAGGAAAGAGUUUAACUCCUGGUUAGAAGAGAAACAACAAGCUUUAGAAUUGGAAAGAUUGGAAUCUGAACAAAAGCUAAAGGAGGAGCAAGAUGCAGCCAUUAAAGAACUUCGGAAAACUCUUGUUUUCAGAGCUAAUCCAAUGCCGAAUUUCUACCAUGAGGCACCUCCAUCAAAGGUUGAACUUAAAAAGCCACCUCCAACACGCGCGAAAUCACCAAAGCUCGGACGAAGAUCGAGCUGUGGUGAUGCUGUCAAUGUAUCUCCGGCAGAUAACAAUGCCGGACUUUGCAGUCGAUCUAAUCGUCACAGUUUGGAUGCUCACAAAGAAUGUGUCAAAAAAUCUUCACAUCAUGUUAAGAAAGAAGAUGCAGAAAUAAAAGAAACAGAAAACUCUGAAGAUGUUGAGCAAAACAAUGAUGCAGUUGAUUGUUGAUAUUACUGUGAAUUCUUUAUAAGUUUUCCUGCUUGUAUGAAGUUUGAUCAAAUUUUUAAAUCUGAAUG